UAAUCCAUCCAUUUAAAACACACACCAAGCCUCACAGAGGACCGGGAGUUCAAGUGCGCUUGAACAAACACUGAGGGGAGUGGAAAUAUCUUGGGGACGUACUCGGUGCAUUCUUCUUUCACAUGCGAACUUGUGCAAGUGUAACAUCCAUACUGGUGCUUUAUUUUCUUGUGCGUCGGCCAACUUAAAAAGGAAGAGAAGAGCUUCUGCGGGCUGUUUUUGCUCAUGAGAAGUUGAGCGCGCUUUCAGAUUUGAGAAGAGUGAAAACAGAACAAGGCUUCUGCACACAUCAUGGCAACAGAAGACUCUGGAAGUAAGACGAAGAAGAAAGCUUGGACUCUGUUUUGCUUGCCUCUCCGUAAUUAUGGUGGAGAAGAACGAAGGACUUUUGUUUUGUUCCAUCCACUGGUUCUGCUUGUGGGGCUGAUUUUGUUGGCCAGCCUUCCUUUUGGAGCAAGCAUCAAACAGAGUGUCCCCAGAGUCAAACUCAGCUACAGAGAAUUGCUUCAGGCUGGAAGUAUCUAUCUGUUUGCGGGCCCUGCUGAUGGCCUGCACUCCCACUCUCUGCUGUUGGAUGAGGAGAGAGGCAGUCUUUUGCUCGGAGCUAGGGAUCACAUCUACUUGCUUGACCCAGACAAUCUGGGCAAAACCCCAAGGAAGAUACACUGGCCUGCUCUGAGAGACAGAGUUGAGACAUGCAAACUUGCUGGGAAAAGUACAAAUUUGGAAUGUGCUAACUUUGUAAGAGUCCUCCACAAUUACAACCGGACACAUGUCUACGCCUGUGGGACAGGAGCCUUCCACCCUACCUGUGCUUUCAUUGAAAUUUCUGGGCAGAGAGAGGAUGGUGUUUUCCAACUGUUGCCUAAUACAGUAGAUUCUGGCAGGUUGAAGUGUCCGUUUGAUCCGUUGCAGCCGUUCACUUCAGUCCUUUCAGAUCAGUACCUGUAUGUGGGCACAUCAUCAGACUUUCUGGGAAAAGACACUACAUUCACACGCUCCUUAGGUCCUCCGCCUGACCAGCACUACAUUCGCACAGAUAUCUCUGAAGACUACUGGAUCAACGAGGCCAGGUUUAUUUCUGCUCAUCCCAUCGCUGACACUUACAAUCCUGAUGAUGACAAGAUAUACUUUUUCUUCCGUGAGGUGUCAUGGGAGGGCAACGACAAGAGCAUUCUCUCCCGAGUGGCUCGUGUAUGCAAGAAUGAUGUUGGUGGGCUUAGGAGUCUAACCAAUAAGUGGACCACUUUCCUCAAAGCCAGGCUUGUGUGUUCAAUUCCAGGACCAGAUGGCGUGGACACACACUUUGAUGAGCUCCAGGACAUCUUUCUGCUCCCUACCAGAGAUGAAAAAAACCCCAUAGUGUAUGCAGUCUUCUCUACUUCCAGUUCCAUUUUCCGGGGCUCAGCAGUAUGUGUAUAUAGCAUGGCAGACAUAAGGGCGGCGUUCAAUGGACCAUAUGCCCACAAAGAGGGGCCUGACCACAAAUGGGUGGAAUAUGAGGGGAGAAUACCAUAUCCUCGUCCUGGAACGUGCCCCAGUAAGACGUAUGAUCCAAGAAUCAAGACCACCAAAGACUUUCCAGAUGAGGUGAUCAGUUUUAUUCGAUUUCACCCGCUGAUGCACCACUCAGUUUACCCUCUGGCUGGACGACCGGUCUUCACACGUGUCCGAGUGGAUUACUCCCUUACUCACAUUGUGGUGGACAGGGUUAUGACAGAUGAUGGGCAAUAUGAGGUCAUGUUCCUGGGAACAGAUGCUGGUUCUGUUCUGAAGGUGGUGAGCAUCACUCAAGAGAACUGGUCAACAGAGGAGGUAAUUCUUGAGGAGCUCCAGAUCUUCCAGGUUUCAUCUCCCAUCUUAACAUUGGAGAUUUCUUCUAAAAAGCAACAACUAUACGUGGGUUCCAGGGAAGGUCUCGCUCAAGUUUCCUUCAGCAGAUGUCACCUGUAUGGCCAGGCCUGUGCUGAAUGCUGCCUGGCACGAGACCCCUACUGUGCGUGGGAUGGACACACAUGCUCCCGAUAUGUCCCGGCAUCUAAGAGACGUUCUAGAAGACAGGACAUUAAAAACGGAGAUCCUGCCAUUCAGUGCUGGGACACAGAAGACGGUCAUGGUGGGGGCAACGUGGAGGAGAAAGUCCUUUUUGGAGUUCAGAACAACUCCACCUUCCUUGAAUGCACCCCAAAAUCUCAACAGGCCCAAAUCCGGUGGUACAUGCAGAAAUUGGGAUCUGAACGCAGGGAAGAGGUCAGGCUGGACGAUCGCGUUGUCCAUACAGACCGAGGACUUCUAAUUCGCUCCCUUCAUGCCUCUGAUGUUGGCAUGUACUUCUGUGUGGCUCAGGAGCACACACACUUCACACACACCCUCCUUCGUCUCACGCUGCAGCUUCUCACACAUGGACAACUUGACAGAAAACCCAAGCUCAGUGAAGAUGUCGUAGAGCUGCACCAUAGUGCAGAGGCCCGUCAACGUUACAAGGACUAUUUGAGAGUAAUGAGCUCUCCCUUCCACUCCUUGGAAGAGUACUGUGAUUCACUUUGGCUGGAUAAGAGGGCGUCCAGGAUGAGAGGGAAAAGUUUAGGACAUGGCAAAUGGAAACACAUACAGGACAUGAAGAAGAAUAGAAACAGGAGACACCACAGGGACAGGGAGGAAGACAAAGAGAGAAAGAGCCAAGAGAGGGUAAUUAGGGCAGUGUGAAGGUGAAGAAGAGGGACAAGACAUAAAUAUUUUCAUAAACAAACUUUGUACUGUACAUUUAAAUAGGAGUUAAAGGUGAAACUAAUGGGACAGAGAAAUGUAAAGUUGCUGCCCCAAAUGAGGUUCUGACAAAGUUCUGCCAAUUUGAUAUCUGACAAAUUAUCCAAAUGUUUCUAAAUCUUUACACAGUUUUUUUUCUUCUGUAUGUCUAUAUCUUGGAAAGUGACAACAAUACCGAUUAUGGUAGCUAUACACAAUUACUUUAUAGUUACAAAGUAAUUUUUGCAACUUUAUCAUCUAUAAGCUUUAAAGCCAUAUUUCUUUCCUCAGCUGUAUUCCACCAACAUGACAUGGCUUAAUAAAAAAUGUUAAAGGUAAAAUAAAUAAAAGAAAAUCUAAAUACUUAAAGAAAAUUUGACGACAUUGGAUAAAUGUUAAAUGAGUGUAAAUAUUUAUGUAACAUGUACAGUAAGUGUAGCAUUCUUUUUUUCUGUAAUACCUUUUGUAUUUCUAAAAAGAUAUAUUAUGUUGUGUUUCCUCCCUCCUUUUUGAUGUAGACUUGAUAGAUUUUGUUCAUUUACUACUGUUUCUUAAAGAUAUUUAAAUAAAAUUACCUCACAUUCGUAA